AUGGAGACAGUUGAAGUAACUGCCCUGUGCUUCCCACAGCUCCUAAACACUUCUUGUGAAAAGACUGUUCGUCCUCUCUUUGACACUUCACUCAUUUACAUGGUGCUGUCGUCAAUCACUGUACUUACUACAGCUCUCAACCUCCUGGUUAUUGUCUCUGUCUCCCACUACAAGCAACUUCAAACCCCCACUAACCUCCUCCUCCUCUCUCUGGCUGUCUCAGAUUACUUGGUGGGUCUUGUCAUGUCCUUUCAGAUUGUCCUCAUAGACGGAUGCUGGUUUCUUGGUGACCUCAUGUGCAGUUUGCAUGUUUUUAUAGAUUACCUUGUUACUUCCUCCUCAAUAGGAACGAUGGUUCUCAUAUCAGUUGACCGUUACGUGGCCAUAUGUGACCCUCUGCAUUACUCCUCCAAAAUUACUGAACAAAGAGUUAAAUUCUGUGUCGGCCUGUGUUGGCUUUGCUCUGUACUCUACAAUAGUCUGUUGUUGAAGGAUAACUUAGAAGAACCAGGUCUAUAUAACUCCUGCAUUGGAGAGUGUGUAGUUGUUAUUAAUUAUGUUGUUGGACUCGUUGAUGUUGUUUUGUCUUUUCUUGGUCCUGUUACUGUUAUUAUUUUUCUGUACAUGAGGGUAUUUGUGGUGGCAUUGUCUCAGGCCCGUGCCAUGCGAUCCCACAUUACAUCUGUCCAAAUCCAGGCUUCAGUGAGUGUAACUGUGAAAAAAUCUGAGCUGAAAGCAGCCAGGACUCUGGGUGUUGUUGUACUUGUGUUUCUAAUAUGUCUCUGUCCUUAUUACUUUGUUGUCAUCACAGGCCAGGACACUUUACUUAAUACUUCUUCUGCAGGAUUCGUUAUAUGUCUUUUCUAUUUUAACUCCUGUCUAAACCCUGUGAUCUAUGCCUUUUUUUACCCCUGGUUUAGAAAAUGUCUUAAACUCAUUGUCACACUACAGAUACUGCAGCCGGGUUCCAGUGAGGCCAAGAUACUGUAG